AUGUUCUCCGUCGUGAUCCCAGGCCGUCCGUGCCUAACCGACAUCAUCCCAGUCGACAGUCAACCAAACGGCCAAGCCACCAAGUUCGCAUUCAACAUUCCGCUCAACCCAUCCUUCAACGAUCUGGUAGUCUUCUUCCUCCCGGGAACAGUCCUACCCCCAAACACAGGCGCCGCGAUCUAUAUCCAGACUCCGGACCCAACCACCGGCAACCCGACAGACUUCCGCUUCAUCGGCGCGCUGGCCAACGAAAAGCCAUCCGGCAUCUUCACCGUCAAGGCACCAAGCAACAAUGGCCCGCAGCGUUCAGAAGCUGAAGAAGAGGAUGAAAUGCUAGAUGAGGGCGCCUCCGGUCCCGCAGGCCCGUCCAACGGCGUCGUGACCCUGGGCAUUUCAAUUGAGCCUGUUGAGAAUAUCGCGCCGCAGUUAUCUGCGCUUGAAGCUCAGGCUCCGCGCGAACAAUCCACUGCGCUGAUACGACUAUCUCCGGAACAGCAGCAGCAGCAGAAGCAGAUUUCGACAAAGGUUCUUGCGCAGCGCAUUAUUGGCAGUGCGUUUAAUUUCCUGGCUAGUUUCGCUGAGUCGGAUCCCUCUAAAAAGGGCCAAGAUGUCGUACCGCUUAAGAGCUUCCGCGAUUGGUGGACGAAGUUUGAGCGGCGCAUUGAUAUGGACCCUUCAUUUUUGGAGAGGCAGGAUCCUAAUGCGACGUGA